AUGGCGGCGUUUCUCGAGAACUCGUACAGUCUGGUGCACCAGGACAAUGCCGCCGACGUACCAUCACAGAACGAGCUCAAGAAUGCUCUGGAGAAGGGCAGCGAUGAGCAGAAGAUCGAGACUAUGAAGAAGAUCCUCUCGAUUAUGCUCAAUGGCGACCCCCAGGCUGGCCUGCUCAUGCACAUUAUCCGAUUCGUCAUGCCCAGCAAGUCGAAGCCGCUCAAGAAGCUCAUGUACUUCUUCUUCGAGGUCUGCCCCAAGCACGACGCCCAGGGCAAGCUAAGGCAGGAGUGGAUUCUCGUCUGUAAUGCGAUUCGAUUCGACUUGCAGGCGCCUAACGAAUACGUACGAGGAAACACAUUGCGCUUCGUAACCAAGCUACGAGACGCUGAGCUUGUAGAGCCUCUACUACAACCGGUGCGCCAAUGCCUCACACAUCGACACGCAUACGUCCGAAAGAACGCAACCUUCGCAAUCGCAUCCAUCUUCACACAUCUUCCCGAGCUCAUGCCAGAUGCGCCCGAUCUGCUGGUGACAUUCCUCGACGACGAGAACGACCCAACAUGCAAGCGCAAUGCCUUCGCCGCCCUCGUCUCCGUGAGCCACGAGAAGGCUCUCGAAUACCUCAGCACCGUUUUCGAUGCCAUACCCAAUCACGAGGAGCUCCUACUUCUCGCCGAGCUAGAGUUCAUCCGCAAAGACGCCAUCGUGAACCCAUCCAACAAGGCCCGCUAUCUCCGCUUGAUCUUCGACCUCCUCGAAUCGCAGGUAUCGACCGUCAUCUACGAAGCCGCGCACGCCCUUACCACCCUCACAAGCAACCCGGUCGCAGUCAAGGCAGCUGCUGGAAAGUUCGUGGAGCUGGCGAUCAAGGAGCCGGAUAACAACGUCAAGCUUAUUGUCUUGGAGAGGGUUGAGCAGUUGCGACACAAGAAUGAGGGAGUCCUUGAUGAUCUGACUAUGGAGGUCCUGCGCGUUCUGUCUAGUACCGACUUGGACGUGCGGAAGAAGUCGCUCAACAUUGCCAUGGAGAUGAUCUCAAGCAGGAAUGUCGAAGAGGUCGUCCUUCUGCUGAAGAAGGAGCUGAUGAAGACGGUGGACGAACAAUACGAGAAGAACCCCGAAUACAGGUCGCUCCUCAUCUCCUCGAUACACUCGGCCGCCAUCAAGUUCCCCGAAGUCGCCGCCAGCGUUGUUGGAUCGCUCAUGGACUUCAUCUCCGAUGUCAGCAGCAACGCCUCCGCGGUCGACGUCAUUUCAUUCGUCAAAGAAGUUGUUGAGCGCUUCCCGGAUCUGAGGGCCUCUAUCAUCGAGCGACUGGUAUCGACUCUUGGUGAGGUUCGUGCUGGCAAGGUUUACCGAGGUGUGCUUUGGAUCAUUGGAGAGUUCUCUCUGGAGGCGAAAGACAUCCAAGAUGCAUGGAAGGGCAUCCGCUCAUCACUCGGCGAGAUCCCCAUACUUGCUUCCGAACAAAAACUGUUGGACGAUGCAUCAGAGGGCAAGGAGAGCACUGAGCAAGUCAACGGACACGCAAAGGCGGCAGCUCCAUCUGGAUCAAGGAAGGUCCUCGCUGACGGUACCUACGCGACUGAAAGCGCCCUGACAUCCUCCGCUGCCGCCAAAGCGAAACUGGAAGCAGUCAAGAACUCACAAAAGCCCCCACUACGCCAGCUCCUCCUCGAUGGCGACUACUACCUUGCCACAGUACUGUCCAGCACUCUCACCAAGCUCGUCAUGCGCUAUGGAGAGAUCUCAAAGAACGAAGCUCGGACAAAUGCUCUCCGCGCCGAGGCCAUGCUCAUCAUGAUCUCGAUCAUCCGUGUUGGCCAGUCGCACUUCGUCAAGACCUUCAUCGAUGAGGACUCCAUCGACCGUAUCAUGUCAUGUGUUCGCUCACUGUCCGAGUUCUCGCAAAGAAAGGAGCUCGAGACUGUCUUUUUGGAAGAUACUCGCAAGUCUUUCCGAACUAUGGUCCAAACAGAAGAAAAGAAGCGCGCCGCCAAGGAGGCUUCGGAACGCGCAAAAUCGGCUGUCAAUGUUGACGACUCUUUCAACAUCCGCCAGCUGAAGAAGAAGGACGCGGAUGGCAGCGAUGAGAUCGAACAAGAUCUCGAAAGGGCAACCGGAGGCGACACUGCGACUGAGGAUCUCACAUCCAAGCUCAGUCGCGUCGUGCAGCUUACUGGUUUCUCCGACUCGGUAUACGCAGAAGCAUAUGUCAAGGUCCAUCAAUUCGAUAUCGUCCUUGAUGUUUUGCUAGUAAACCAAACAACUGAGACGCUGCAAAAUCUCACCAUCGAAUUCGCGACUCUUGGUGACCUCAAGGUUGUCGAGCGUCCUUCAACGCAAAACGUUGGUCCUCAUGACUUUAUCAACAUCCAAGCAACGAUCAAGGUCUCAUCCACCGAUACCGGUGUCAUCUUCGGAAACAUCAUCUACGAGGGUGAAAAGGGUGUUGACUCCAACGUUGUCAUUCUCAACGAUGUCCACGUCGACAUUAUGGACUACAUCAAGCCCGCGCAAUGCACAGAGACGCAAUUCCGGACAAUGUGGACCGAGUUCGAAUGGGAGAACAAGGUCAACAUCAACUCCAAGGCCAAGACGUUGCGCGAUUUCUUGAAGCAACUCAUGGCAUGCACAAACAUGAGCUGCUUGACUCCAGAGGCGUCGAUGAAGGGCGACUGCCAGUUCCUGUCAGCGAACUUGUACGCCAGGAGUGUAUUUGGUGAGGACGCUCUCGCCAACCUGAGUAUCGAAAAGGAAGGUGACAAUGGCCCUAUUACUGGGUUUGUGCGCAUAAGAAGUCGCUCCCAAGGCUUGGCGUUGAGCCUGGGGUCGUUGAAGGGUCUGAACAAGGUCGGAGUGGCAUGA